GAGGCAGCUGACCAUAUUGACACCCCUGUCCUUUUGUCACAUCUCCCGGACAGAUUGUGGUCUGAGGGCCCCGAUGACGUAGGGCAAAUACAACAAACUCCAGUCUCAUUUAAUAUGACCUCGACUAGACCAAUCUGGCUUCCCCAAUAUCGCCAUAAACCUGAGGCUAUGGCCUCCCUAGACCAAACUAUUGAUGCACUCCUUAGAGCUGGAGUGCUAGAACCAUGUCAGUCUAGGUGGAACACUCCCAUUUUGCCAGUUCCAAAGAAAGAACCUGGGCACUACAGAAUGGCACAUGAUUUAAGGGCCAUUAAUGCAGCCCUGGCCACCCAAACCAUCCCCGUUCCUAACCCAUAUACCGCACUAUCUGAACUAGACCACAACAAAACUUGGUUCACGUGUGUAGAUCUGGCCAAUGCCUUUUUCUGUGUUCCGGUACAUGAAGCGUGUAGAGACAUUUGUGCGUUUACACAUCGUGGCAGACAGUACCGGUACACACGUUUAUCACAAGGCUUCGCACUUUCACCCGGCCUGUUUAACCAAGCAUUAAAGCAGAGUUUGGAUACUUGUUCUCUCCCUGAAGGUUCCAUUUUAAUUCAGUAUGUGGAUGAUCUCCUGAUUGCUGGAGACACCCAACAGGCUUGUAUUGAGGCUUCAAUAGCAGUAUUGGAGAAACUGGCUGAGUGCGGAUAUAAAGUCUCGAAGCAAAAAUUGCAAUUUUGUAGGUCAAGAGUCACCUUUCUUGGCAGAGUGGUCACUAAGGGGAGUACAGGUAUGUCCCCUGAGCACCGGUCCUCUAUUUUAAGCCAUCCCAAACCAAUUACGGUCAGAGACAUGUUGGCAUUUUUAGGGCUGGUAGGAUACAGUCGUUCAUACAUACCUGAUUUUACUGGUCGCACCGCACCGCUUCGUGAGAUGAUAAGGACAUUAGGGAUGAGAAAUUUGUCAGGCAUUUUGUCAUGGACACCUGAACUAGAGCAGGCGUUCAUUGAACUAAAACAGGAACUAGCGCAUGCGGCUGACCUUGCUAGACCAGAUUACACCAUUCCAUUCUACCUGGAUGUUUCUGAUACACCCUCAUUGGUAAAUGGGGUGUUGUUUCAGAAAAAGGGGGGAGGUAGACAGGUGUUAAUGUAUCUGAGUAUUCCUCUAGAAUUAGUAGAGAAAAGACAACCAUGUUGCACCAGACAUGUUGCAGGACUAGCCAAAUUAGUACAAAAAACAGCACACAUAGUUGCAGGAUAUCCAUUACAUGUGCUGACCACACACGGAGUGGUAGCAUAUAUAAAUUCUCAGAUGUUCACACUCACUCCCCUCAGGCAAAGACGCAUACAUAAAGUACUGACGGCCCCCAACAUUACUUACACUCAUGAUGGGAUUAACAUGGCAGAUAACAUGUUAGAAGGACCCCCGCACGAGUGUGCGAGAAAGGUAAAAAUAGAAGGGAAAAUAAGACCAGACCUCAAGGGCACGCCAAUAGAAGGGGCACUGAAUUUGUGGACAGAUGGGUGUGGUUAUAGGGGAGAAGGGGGAGAAAUAAAAGCAGGGUUUGCGGUAGUACAAGAAAUGAAUGGGGAAGUAGAUGAUUUUUGUACAGUGAUCUCAAAAGAAGUCAAGAAUUGUCCCUCAGCUCAGAAAGCGGAACUAUUGGCAGUCAUUGCAGCGCUCGAAUUAGCAGAAGGCAGGGCAGUUAACAUCUACACAGAUUCAGCCUAUGCAGUGGGAGCAGCUCACAUUGAAUUACCCCACUGGAAGGAGACAGGUUAUCUCACCAGUGUGGGCAAACCCGUUAAACACAAGGAGGAGUUGUUAGCACUAGAGAAAGCGAUACAACUACCAAAACAGGUUGCCAUCAUAAAGUGCAAGGGACAUCAGAAAGGGGACUCAUUGGUAGAAAGAGGUAAUGAGGCAGCAGAUAAGGCAGCAAAGGAAGCAGCAGGUUAUAAGGAAUCAAGUUUGCAGAUGGUGUUGAAGGAAGGUGAACUAUGGGAACCAAUUCCGACAGGAGAAAAGCUCAGGCAACUGCAGGACCAGGCUAGCCCAGAAGAAAAGACUAUUUGGCUGGAUAAAGGUGGUACAAAGGGUGAGUUAGUCUGGGAAGGUCCCAAUGGACUCCCAAUACUUCCAGCCUCUUUGGCAAAAGCAGUGCUGGGAGAAGCUCACGGGUUGGCACAUGUAGGAAAGGUACAGAUGAAGGAAAACUUGAAAGGAUGGUGGCGCCCAUUUCUAUCUGCCAUGAUAGCCACACAUGUAAAAGAAUGUCAAGUAUGUAAUGUAAAUAAUGUGGGUAAAACUUGCAAACCAGGGGUAGGAAAAUUCCCUAAGCCCAAUGGCCCAGGGGAACAUAUUCAGAUAGAUUACACAGAUAUGAUUCAGACAGUCAGGAAGUACAGGUAUCUGUUGAUGUUUGUGGAUGUAUUUUCGGGUUGGGUGGAAGCGUUCCCCACUAUGAGGGAAGACAGCAAAUCAGUCUGUAAAAUGUUGAUCAAUCACUGGAUUCCCCAACACGGGUUUCCCAAAAGAAUACACUCAGAUAAUGGUACUCACUUCACAAGUAACGCCUUGGCAUGGGUAGAGCAAGUACUAGGCCUGAAACAUGCGUACGGAUCAGUGUACCAUCCACAGUCUCAAGGGAAGGUGGAGCGCAUGAACCAAACACUGAAAUCAAAAUUGAACAAAGUUGUAUAUUCUACAGGGCAAAAUUGGCUGGAUGCCCUACCAAUUGUAUUAAUUAGCAUCAGAAGCUCUGUAAACAGAGCUACAGGGUUCACGCCCUUUGAACUGAUGACAGGUAGAUCUUUUCCGGGGCCCCAUACUGCGCUAGCGUGUAAAGACAUACAAUACAAAUCUCACCAAGCCUACUUUAAUGAGCUGAAAGCAUUGUGUCAAGCUUACUCUGUGCAGGUCCGCUCCAAGGGGGAACCAGAAAUUGACGCCCCUCCGGAGGUAGCACUAGCUGAGUGGGUUUAUCUGAAAGUUAUCAAGCGGAAGUGGUGUGAGCCCAGGUGGACAGGACCCUACAGAGUGGUCGAGCGAACGUCUCACGCCGUUCGGCUUAGUGGCAAAGGACCUGCUUGGUACCAUCUCUCCCAGUGCAGACCAGCGCACCUACCGAAGGCAGAAAAGGAGUCCCCAUCCAACGGGGCAGAAUAAUCCCCGGGGACAGAGGCACAACAGGGAAAGUCUACCCUGCCUCCAGCGCAGAAGGGCCAACAUCUGGCGAAGAGCACCUUUACACAUAUACAUAUAGUUAAUUAUUGUUCGUUAGCUUUUGGGGUAACAUGUGGUUCCUCGGAAAUGACAGAACACAGGGGUUUAGGAGACUCUCCUUAGAAGACAGAAAGGGACUUGAAGAAAAGGAGAAAUGUGUUUUAUAUGCGGGCAUGAUUAUUUUAUGUAUGUUUGGUAUUUUUAUGCUCUGUUUUGCAAGCUUCGUUCAGAUCACCUUG